AAUGGUUGGUUUGCGGCAUCUUUUGGCGGCCUGAGGCCCGAUCGAGCGCCGUUUGGCCGCUUCUAAACUUCAUGUUUAAAUUUAUAAUUUUUUCCCCGCCGGAAGAUCGUGUGUGUACGUAGCGAGGCGGCGGGGGCACGAAUCCGGCUUUUGGCCUGCUGGGCCCCGGUAACCAUGACUCUGGCUCCCAAGGAGCUGAGCAGCCUGAUCGGCAUCAUCUGCGAGGAGGCGACCAGUAAUACCUUCGAGGGCCUGUCCACCGCCUUCCACCAUUACUUCGCCAAACACGACCAUUUCCGAGUGGGAUCCACACUGGUCAUGUUGCUGCAACAGGCCGACCUGCUGCCCAGCCCCCAGCAGCGCCUCACCGCCCUCUACCUGCUCUGGGAGAUGUACCGCACCGAGCCGCUGGCCGCCAACCCCUUCGCCGCCGUCUUCGCCCAUCUGCUCAAUGCCGCCCCGGUGGCCGAGGAGCAGGAGAAACAGCUCCUGGGGUUCUUGCCACCUAUUACUCCCCCUGAGAAGUUUUUCCUUUCUCAGUUGAUGUUGGCUCCUCCAAGGGAGCUGUUUAAGAAAACUCCCCGUCAGAUUGCGAGUAUGGAUGUGGGUAACAUGGCUCAGUCUGUAGACAUUAGUGGUCUGCAGUUGGCCCUGGCAGAGCGCCAGUCUGAAUUGCCAACACAGAGCAAAGCAAGCUUUCCAAGCAUACUCCCUGAUCCUGAUCCUGACUCUUCCAACUCUGGAUUUGACAGUUCUGUUGCUACUCAGAUUAUAGAGGCUUUAGUGAGUGGACCAAGGCCACCAAUAGAAAGUCACUUUCGGCCAGAGUUUAUUCGGCCUGCUCCUCCACUUCACGUGUGUGAGGAUGAGCUAGCUUGGCUGAACCCAACAGAACCUGAUCAUACAAUCCAGUGGGAUAAAACCAUGUGUGUUAAAAACAGCACUGGGGUGGAAAUUAAGCGCAUCAUGGCAAAGGCUUUCAAGAGUCCCUUAUCUGCACAGCAACAAACACAGCUCCUUGGUGAAUUAGAAAAAGAUCCAAAGCUAGUUUACCACAUUGGUCUGACUCCUGUCAAGCUGCCUGAUCUGGUAGAAAAUAAUCCUUUGGUUGCCAUAGAGAUGUUACUGAAGCUAAUGCAGUCGAGCCAGAUUACAGAAUAUUUUUCUGUACUUGUGAAUAUGGAUAUGUCCCUUCAUUCCAUGGAAGUUGUAAAUAGGCUAACCACUGCUGUUGAUCUUCCUCCAGAAUUUAUUCACCUCUAUAUAUCAAAUUGUAUCUCCACUUGUGAACAGAUUAAGGAUAAAUACAUGCAGAACCGUUUGGUACGUCUUGUUUGUGUCUUCCUCCAGUCUUUAAUCAGAAACAAAAUAAUCAAUGUCCAGGACUUGUUCAUUGAAGUACAAGCCUUCUGCAUUGAGUUCAGCCGAAUACGAGAGGCAGCUGGCCUAUUCCGAUUACUGAAAACACUGGAUACUGGAGAAAAUCCUUCAGAAGCAAAAUCAAAAUAGUGGAAGGCAGGAUUCAAAAUUCCAGAAGACUGAAAAGGCCUUUGUCGUGUGUUGGAAUCACUUCAGUGGUUUCACUGCAUAAUUGAAAGAUAAUUAGUUUUGUUUAAAAACAGUAAGCCUUUCCUAAGCAGCAAGUUUGCCCAAAUGGGACCUGAUUUAUUUUCUUGUUAUACAAGUGUACAAACUGAUACUGAUGAGCAUCUUGGUCACUUUUCAGGAUAGAGUUGUUGCAUUGCAAUGCACAUCACUUUACUGAGUCCUAUUUAAUUUGUGGUAGGAUAUGCUUUCUAUAAGAGAAAACUGUGUUAAUCAGUUUAUUUCUGUUCUCUAUAUCAUAUGUAUAUACAUGUUUCAGAUUAUUAAAUGCAUAAUAGACAAACUUAGGUAAAGUACAAAUGUAACAAUGUUUGGAUUGAGAAGUUCAUGGAUGUUGAUUAUAAAGUCUUUGUUUUAAUUAAAAUGCUGAAAUAUGAAGCAA